AGCCAAUGGCUAACGGCUUCUGACCCAACGCCCAGUUUGGGGGCUUAUUUCAUGAGCAAGAAUUUGCUGGAAUUUCCUCUUGAGAGGAUUUGUCCUGGAUGAAAAGUAGGGACUGGACCUCUAAGCUUGUUGGUGCCUCCCUGUCUGUGCUGUAGCAGUUUUCAGGAUGGACUCGUACUUGAUCCAAGUGAACGGCCCUGGAGAUCAUGCCCCUCUGCUGGAUGUUCAUCUCAAGACCAAUGGAAACAGCAUGUCACUGGGAAAGGUGAAGGGCCGGAAGCCAAGAUGGGCUGUCAGGGCUUCUGAAAUGUCAAAGAAGACUUUCAAUCCUGUCCGAGCCAUUGUAGACAGCAUGAAGGUGGAGCCCAACCCAAAGAAAGCUAUGAUUUCCUUGUCUUUAGGAGACCCGACGGUCUUUGGAAAUCUUCCCACAAAUGAUGAGGUCACACGGGCUGUGAAAGAGGUUUUGGACUCAGGACGUUACAAUGGCUAUGCUCCAUCUGUUGGCUACCAGUCCUGCCGGGAAGCAGUGGCUGCAUAUUACAACUGUCCAGAGGCACCACUGGAGGCCCAGGACGUCAUCUUAACAAGUGGCUGCAGCCAGGCGAUAGAGCUUGCCUUGGCAGUGCUGGCUAACCCAGGGCAGAACAUCCUGGUGCCACGGCCUGGCUUCUCCCUCUACAAGACUCUGGCACUGUCCAUGGGAAUUGAAGUUAAACUUUACAACCUCUUGCCAGAGAAGUCCUGGGAAAUUGAUUUGAAGCACUUGGAGUCCCUGGUGGAUGAGAAAACAGCUUGCCUGAUUGUGAACAACCCAUCAAACCCCUGUGGUUCUGUGUUCAGCAAAAGCCACCUCCAGAAGAUCCUGGCAGUGGCAUCAAGACAGUGUGUUCCCAUCCUUGCUGAUGAAAUCUACGGAGACAUGGUGUUUGCUGACUGCAAAUAUGAACCCAUUGCAACUCUCAGCACCAAUGUGCCCAUCUUGUCCUGUGGUGGCUUGGCAAAGCGAUGGCUUGUCCCUGGCUGGCGAAUGGGCUGGAUCCUAAUCCAUGACAGGAGAGACAUCUUUGGUAAUGAGAUCAGGGAUGGCCUUCUUAGACUGAGUCAGAGGAUCCUAGGACCAUGUACAAUUGUCCAAGGAGCACUGGAGCGUAUCUUGCACCAGACGCCUCCUGAGUUCUACCACAACACCCUCAGCAUCCUUAAGCCUAUCCUCAUGGCAGGAAUACUGGCUAUGACAAGUUUCAGGAAGCCCAGCCCUGCAGCUAAAGCUGUGACCCAAGCGUCCAAUGCUGACCUUUGUUAUGCUGCCCUAUCAGCUAUCCCAGGCCUCCAGCCUGUCCGGCCUGCUGGAGCCAUGUACCUCAUGGUUGAAAUUGAGAUGGAGCAUUUCCCUGAGUUUGAAAAUGAUGUGGAGUUCACUGAGCGGCUCAUCUCGGAGCAGUCUGUGUUCUGCCUGCCGGCCACAUGCUUUGAGUACCCAAAUUUCUUCCGUGUGGUGAUCACUGUACCUGAGGAGAUGAUCUUGGAGGCCUGCAGUCGCAUCCAGGAGUUCUGCGAGAUGCACUACCAGGGUGCUGAGGGGGCCCAGGAUUUGGAGUGUGACAAGUAGCCACAGCCAGCCUUCUGCCUCUGCCUGGCUAGAUCUUGUGUGAGGCAGCAGGCAGAGCUGUGUCCAGCCAGCCCCACAACCCCCUGCCUGUAGGCAGCUGCUGUCCUGCUGCUUCGCUUUUUUUUUUUUUUUUUUUUUUUUUUUUUUUUUUUUUUUUCUUCACAGACCCCCUAAGCUCAUGGAAAGAAGCAGACACUUCUCUCUUUUCCACUGCAGCUCCCACACUCUCUGGUAUCUGGUGUCUGUGGUCUCCAUAUACUCAGUAUCUUCACCCCACAGUGGUCUGUGCUGCCCAUGAACAAGCUGCAGGCAGGGGCACAUGGCUGAUUCUGCACCAGGACCCGCAGCCUACGGCCCUGUGUGGCCAGUAGCUCCCGUGCUGCCUGCACUCCCCCUCUGGGGCAGGAGAUGGUCGUGGUCUCAGAGGACAAGAGACACUCACCCACCUCUCACCUGUCUUAACUUAGGAGGUCAGAGCUCUUUAUACCAAGCCCUUUGUGCAACAAAGGGAGUAAGUUAUUGUGACUUUUUUUUUUUUAUUAUUAUUAAUAAAUGUUCUGAGAUGGCA